CGGGACUAAACCGUCAUGGCGGAGGACGAUACGGUCUGAGUACGAUUCCUAGCUCUGGGCCCGCCUCAUCCCAAAGCUCGACUGCAGCAUCUGAUGUUGAGGAAGACUUGGACAUGACGUUAGAAGACGUAGAACGUACCAUCGCUAGUUUUGAGCAGUCCAUGUGGAAAAAAGAGGCGAUUUUUAAAAGGGAACAAGCAGAAGAGGAGUCGCGUUCUCACAAACUCAAGAUCGCGGGAAAAUGCAUCCUCAAAAAAGGACUUUCUUUGGGUUCGGACAAAGUCGUCAACAUUGCCGAAGGUCGUGGACCACGCAAACGCAUAUCCACCUUAAGAAGUAUAAGAUCUAUUCUACGACUGGCGCGUAAUCGUGGCCCACGCAGGAGCGACGAAGAACAGGGACUGCUUGAUGUGAUGCCGGGAUCAUCAUCUUCUAUGGAUCUAGUCGAACUUGAAAGCGAUACGUCGUCUGAUGAAAUGAGCGGCGAACCUUCCACUUACUUGGACACACCGAGGAGGAGGCGAUUGUGCCAGGCCCUUGACAUCACCGGGCCCGCGGCUCUGAAAGCGGCUGAUUUCCAAGUAUGCGUCACUGUGGUGGAGGCACGACAGUUAGCCGGCCUUAACAUGGACCCAGUGGUCUGCGUUCAAAUUGGUGACACGCGCAAAUACACAAGCGUGAAGGAGAGCACCAAUUGUCCUUACUACAACGAGUACUUCGUGUUCGACUUCCACAUGCCACCUGUGAUGCUGUUUGACAAGAUCAUCACCCUAUCGGUGCUACACUCGCGCAACUUUCUGCGUGUGAACAAACUACUCGGAAACUUCAAACUCGACAUUGCCACCGUGUGGAACCAACCAGAUCGCCAGUUCUACCACAAAUGGGCACUGCUAACUGACCCUGAUGACGUGGCUGCUGGUCCGAAGGGAUACCUCAAGUGCGAUAUAAGCGUCAUCGGUAAAGGCGAUACCAUCAAAAUACCACCGACCACCGACAAGGAUGAAGACGAUAUUGAAGCGAAUCUUCUGCUGCCUGAUGGCGUCUCCAUAGAACGGCAGCGAACAAAAUUUAUUAUCAAGAUAUACAGGGCCGAUGGCUUGCCUAAGAUGAACUACUCUCUGUUAGCCAACGUAAAAAGAGCGUUUACUGGAGAAAGCCAAGACUUAGUCGAUUCGUUCGUGGAAGUGUCUUUUGCAGGAAUGACUGGUUCCACGUCAGUCAAGAAAAACACCUACACACCGAGUUGGAAUGAGCAGAUUGUAUUUACCGACAUGUUCCCGCCGCUUUGUCAGCGCGUCAAGAUCCAGCUUAAGGACAACAAUCCCGUACAUCCCAACAUCAUUGGCACACACUACAUCGAUCUCAAGACUAUUUCCAAUGACGGAGAAAGAGGUUUCUUACCAACAUUCGGGCCAGCCUACGUUUAUAUGUACGGUUCCACGCGAGAUUACAGUAUCAUUGACCAGAAUGCCAACUUGAAUAAGGGCAUGGGAGAAGGAGUGUCCUAUAGAGCAAGGGUCUUGAUAUCCAUUCGCACUGAAGUAAUGGAUAUUAUCGAAUCAACUGCUUCAGACGUUGAAGUUGAGCCUAUCACACCUAUCCUGGACAUUUCUUUUGAAAAGAACGAAGAAUUUUUCCUGUUCGGGACUGUAUUUGACUGCAAUAUGAUUGAUAAGUCACUCGUCGACAAGCCGUUACAAUUCGAACUUAGCAUCGGUAAUUGUGGUAACAUGCUCGAUGGUUCCAAAGAGUCGAUGAAGAGAUCCAUGGACUUGAAUGUGGAACACCUUGAUGAUUUAUGCGUCGAUUCCGGUUACUGGCAAAGUGUGACCCAGCCCAUGAAGGCCGACUCUACAGAUAAGACAUAUUAUUAUUUGCCGUACUGGAACAACAAGCAUUGCAUGCACGUGCGCAGCAUCUGGCCGGAUCACCGCCGCCGCAUGUAUAAUUCAAACAUGAUUGCCAGGAUAAUAGAAAAAUUCGAGGAAGGGCUUAUUGAUGCCCAAUUGGCAACAGAAAGUGAGGAUGGGUUAAACAAUACAUGCAUUGCGGGAUUAAAGUCCACGCUGGAAUGUGUCAGCAAGGAUUGCGCGUCCUACGUUCAACACAUGACCGGAGCUCAACCCUUCGGCAAUACUAAACUUGAUCGCGAAAGACAAAAGAUGUGCCUCCACGAGAUAGAAGCAAUCAGUACUAAUACAAGGAACCUUAAAGCUCUAAUUACCAAGAGCUCUAUUAAAGAUCGGUUACGCACCGCCUUCAGUUACUUGCAUAAACUAAAAAAUAUUUGCGAAGAUGCCCAACCCUCACUCCCUGAUGUAUUUAUCUGGCUGAUCAGCAAUGGAAAACGGUUGGCCUACUAUAGAAUUCCAGCUAGAGAUUUAAUCUACUCCGAUCAUUCAGAAGAGGCUGGAAAAUUCUGUGGAAAAAUGCAAUCUAUAUAUCUGAGGUGGCCGGGAAAGAAAGCGACUACUCCUAGUGGUUGGGCUAUACCCGCAAUGGUUCGUGUUUACUUAUGGCUCGGAGCAUUGCAAGAUAAAAAACAUUACAUUGACAAGCUUCCUACAGGUUAUGAAGUCGGUUAUGAAUUAAAAAGUGCGGAUAAACUGCGAGUUAAUGCACCCAAUAAAAUAUUUUAUGCAGAAAAACAUAGCUUUCAAAUGCGAGCAUACAUUUACCAAGCUCGUUCUUUAAUUGGUUCUGAUUCAUCUGGUCUGUCUGAUCCGUUUGCCAGAGUCGUUAUCGGAGAUUCGGUCGCUACAACUCAAGUUAUAGAUGAAACAUUGAGCCCGACUUGGGAUGAGCUACUUGUCUUCAAAGACAUUUUACUAUUCAGUUCCAUUGAACAUAUAAAAACAGACCCACCGACAAUAAUCAUUGAAAUUUUUGACCAAGACAAGGUUGGAAAAUCUGAAUUUAUCGGACGCACCACCGCAAGACCGUCAAUAAAAGCGUUCGAAGACAGUUAUGAAAAACCUCACUUUCCACCAUCGCUAGAAUGGCAUGAAAUUACACGUGGUGACGAAAGAGCUGGCGAGCUAUUAGCUACUUUCGAACUGCUAGAAGUUCCAAAUAACCUCGAAACUUCCAUCUUACCAGAGCUUCCCUCUCCUAAAGAGGCUACUAGAAAGCCACCCGUAGAUGCGGAUGCUAAUAGAGGACCUAUUUUACCCAUUCCAAAAGGAAUUAGACCGACGCUAUCAAAAUACCGAAUUGAAGUAUUAUUCUGGGGCUUAAGAGAUCUUAAACGCCUUCAUCUACUUACUGUAGACAAACCAAGAGUUGAUAUAGAAUGUGCAGGAAAUAUAAUAUAUUCUACCAUCAUACAGAACGCUAAGCGUAACCCGAAUUUUGCACAUCCCAUCAAGUACGUUGAUGUCGAACUUCCUGACCAGGACUUGUAUAGACCUCCUUUAACCAUUCGAGUUGUUGACUGCCGCAGCUUCGGAAGAGCGACGUUAGUCGGUACACAUACUAUAAACUCGAUUCACAAAUACAUCUAUACACCAAUGAGUAAACGCGAAAGGGAAAUCGAGGAGCGUAAAAAGUCUUUAAUACAAUUAGAAAACGUUGACUUGAGAGCAAACUGCAUAAUACAAGAAGACCAUUUCACGAUUGAACACGAAAGGGAAAAUUCUCCUCUCAUAGCACGCCUGGGGCGUAAUGCUGUGUACUAUGGUUCGGGUCUUACUCCCACGCCUCGCAAGAAAAUUAGUAAGCACACGGAUAAGACGAAACGUAAAGCCAGUGCUGGUUCGAUGUUAAGUAGCGAUAAUAGUUGUAAAGAUUUUUGGUCUAAAUAUUUUGCGUCUGUCAAUUUUAUGGUUGAAGAACAAAUGGAGGCUAAGAGAGAUCGCGCCGAUUUAAAUCAAACUCCUCACACUUCAACAGAUGAAAGAUUUAUCCACGCUGACAAAUAUUUUCAGCAGAUCUACGGUAGCAAAAGACAAGGUCCUAUGCAAUCACCACGAUCAAAAUUAAGCCCAACUUUCCAACAAAAUAGAAAUGAAAUUCCUAUCUCAGCUUUAAUGAAGAUCUAUCCACACGAGCUUGAAGCUGUACCCGAAUAUGACGGAUUUAAGGAGUGGUUGCAUUCAUUUGAUCUGUACCGAGGAAAGAAGACAGGUGAUGACAACGAGGAUGAAAAUCGAGUCGUUGGGACUUUCAAGGGCGCGAUAAAAGUGUAUAAAUAUCCGUUUCCAGAAGGAACUGACGAUUACACAAUUAUGGGUCUUGAUCUUAAUUUGGGAUUAUUCCAAGGAAUCCCUAGUAACGAACCUAUCCGCGUCUUAGUGAGAGUCUACAUAGUUAAGGCGACUGAUUUACACCCUAUGGACUUAAAUGGAAAAGCUGAUCCAUACAUAAUGCUGCAGUGUGGAUCAAAGAAAAUCUGCGACAAAGACAAUUAUGUUUCUAAACAGCUUAAUCCUGUCUUCGGUAGGUGUUAUGAGACCGAAGCUACUCUCCCGCAAGAAUCUAUGCUUUCCGUUCAAGUUAUUGACUGGGAUUUGCUGGGAGUUGAUGAUUUGAUAGGCGAAACUAAGAUUGAUCUGGAGAAUAGAUUUUAUAGCCGCCAUAGAGCCACUUGCGGCUUAGCUUUGAAAUACGAAGAGGAAGGAUACAACAGAUGGCGAGACGCUAUGAAACCAACACAGAUUUUAGCUAAGCUUUGCAAGGACGGAAAACUCGAUCCGCCAAUUUACGAGACUGGGCGUGUUAAAGUUGGACGCACUGUAUUCAACAUGCCGAUGGAUGACGCGGAGCUAUUUUCCAACCCAGAUACAAUUGAGGAGCAAAUGGCUCUAGUAGUACUACAUCGAUGGCAAGAAGUACCUCGUGUAGGCACGAAACUCGUAACUGAGCAUAUUGAAACCAGACCUCUCUAUAACCCUAACAAGCCUGGUAUUGAACAAGGACGUAUACAGAUGUGGGUUGAAAUGUUCCCUAUGGACAUGCCGCUACCCGGGCCGCCUAUAGACAUUUCGCCCCGUAAGCCCAAAUCUUAUGAAAUGAGAGUUAUAGUAUGGAAUACUGAUGACGUCGUGCUGGAAGAUGAUGCUUUCUUCACCGGUGAAAAGAUGUCUGACAUUUAUGUCAAAGGGUGGCUUAAAGGCCCUGAUGAUUGUCAGUCAACCGAUAUUCACUACCGCUCUUUGACUGGUGAAGGAAACUUUAACUGGCGCUUCAUCUACCCAUUCGAAUAUUUAGAGGCUGAGGAACGCAUUGUUAUAACAAGAAAAGAGAACAUGUUCUCUUGGGAUGAGACAGAAUGCAAAAUACCAGCCCGUUUGGAACUGCAAGUCUGGGACGCUGAUCAUUUUUCUUCCGACGAUUUUUUGGGAGCUAUUACUUUAGAUCUGAAUAGAUUCCCUCGUGGCGCGAAGACUGCCAAACUGUGUACCCUGGAUAUGCUGCGUGACGAUGGGACAGUUCCGAUGGUGAACAUAUUCAAACAGAAGCGUGUAAAGGGUUGGUGGCCUUUCUAUGUAAAAAAGGAAAAUGAUGAAAUGGUACUUACUGGCAAGGUUGAAGCAGAAAUUCACUUGCUUACACGCGAAGAAGCUGAUAGAUUACCCGUUGGUCUAGGCCGUAGCGAACCUGAUCCAUUGGACAAGCCGAAUCGUCCGGAUGCGUCCUUCAUGUGGUUCCUAAAUCCGCUGAAAUCGAUUCGUUACAUCAUCUGGCAUAACUACAAAUGGGCAGUUGUCAGAUCAACAGUAUGCGCGAUGGUAACUCUCAUGCUGCUCAUUCUUAUUUACUCUGCGCCAGGGUACCUUGUCAAAAAACUAAUGGGAGCUUAAAAACAAUCU